AUGCCCCUCACCAGCGAGUCCCUCCAUUCGGCGCAAGCGAGCGAGUUCGCAAAGUAUGGCAGCCGCCGGAGCGUCGUCCACAGCACAAAAGGAAUCGUGUCCUGCACCCAGCCGCUGGCCGCGAAAUGCGGCAUCCAGGUGCUCCAGGCCGGCGGUAAUGCCGCCCGAUGGCUAACACGCAUCCCCCGCCUCGCAAUAGCCGCCGGCCUGAACAUGACGGAGCCGUGCUCGACCGGAAUCGGCGGCGACAUGUUCAUCCUCUUCUAUGACGCCACCACCGGUAAUGUCUCAGCCAUGAACGGGUCCGGCCGCUCCGCCAAGAACGCCACCCUCGACACCAUUCGUCGCGACCUUGGCGUCGCCGACGGCGCCCGCGGCAAGAUCCCCAUGAAGAGCGUCCACGCCGUCACCGUCCCCGGUGCCGCCGCCGGCUGGGUCGACACCGUCGAACGCUUCGGCAGCGGCAACGUCUCGCUCGAGCAGGUCCUCGCCCCGGCUAUCGAGCUCGGCGAGAAGGGCUUCCCCGUGUCGGAGCUGACGAGUCACUACUGGAACACGGCGGAGCCCCAGAUCAGGGAGGCGUCGCCCAACUUCGCCGAGAUGCUCAAGAAAGACCCCAACGCGCCGGACGGCGUCAGGGCCCCGAACCCCGGCGAGAUCAUGAAGAAUCCGACGCUGGCCCAGACCUUCCGCGCCCUUGCCAAGGACGGCAAGAAGGGCUUCUAUACGGGCCGCGUCGCCGAGGAGCUCGUCCGCGUCGUCAAGAGCCUCGGCGGCCACCUCGAGCUCGACGACCUGGCGCACCACCUCGAGCAGGGUAGCGAGCCCGUCGACCCCAUCUCGCUCAAGUUUAAGCCUGCCGUCAAGAGCACGACGAACGGGCACGCCAAGGGGCACACCAACGGCCACUCCAACGGCCACUCCAACGACGGCGCCGUCGAGGUCUGGGAACACCCACCCAACGGCCAGGGCAUCGUCGCCCUCAUGGCCCUCGGCAUCAUCCAGGAGCUCCAGGCGUCCGGCGUCGUGCCCGCCUGGUCCGCCGAGGACCACAACACGGCGCCCUACCUCCAUGUCAUCAUCGAGGCCCUCCGCCUCGCCUUCACCGACGCGAGCUGGUACGUCACGGAUCCCAACGUCGUCCCCGUGCCGUCCGCCGGCCUCAUCUCGCCCGAGUACUCGGCCGCCCGCGCCCGCCUCUUCAAGCCCGACAGCGCCAUCCGCGGCGAUGAGCUGCGCGUCGGCUCGCCGCCCGGCAAGCAACAGAAGCAGUACGCCUCGCCGGCGCUGCAGAGCAGCGACACCGUCUACUUCACCGUCUCGGACGAGCACGGCAACGCCGCCUCCUUCAUCAACAGCAACUACGGCGGCUUCGGCACCUGCAUCAUCCCCCGCGGCUGCGGCUUCACGCUGCAGAACCGCGGCGCCAACUUCAGCCUCGACGCCGACCACCCGAACCGGCUCGCGCCGCGCAAGAGGCCCUACCACACCAUCAUCCCGGCCAUGGUCACGAACCAGGCCGACGGGUCGCUGCACAGCUCCUUCGGCGUCAUGGGCGGCUUCAUGCAGCCGCAGGGCCACGUCCAGGUGCUCCUCGGCCAGCUGGUGGCGGGUCUCUCGCCGCAGCAGACGCUCGACGCGCCGCGCGUGUGCAUCGUCGCGGGCCUCCCCGACCGGGACGACGACUUCGACUGGACCGUGAGCGUCGAGGAGGGCAUGCCCGAAGAGACGGUCGAGGGCCUGCGGGAGCUGGGCCAUAAGGUCGAGGUCGUCCGGGGGACAGAGAGGGGUCUGUUCGGCCGUGGCCAGAUCAUCCGAUACACCGUUGAUCCGGUCGAAGGAACCGGCGUGUGGUCUGCGGGUAGCGAUCCGCGCGGCGACGGCGCGGCGUACCCGGCGCUGUAG